GCCGGGCCGGGGGCGGGAGGGCUUCUGGGGUAGGAAGGGAGGUCCGCUCGGCCGGGCGAGCCGCCCCAGUGCUCUGUGGGAUAGUGGAAGUCUCGAGCGUCUCCUCCCGGUUCCCAGCCCUCUUCUGGCCCGCACUCAUAGAAACAGUCACACACCCCCUGCCUCCCCUCUUUUCCCUCUCCGCCUCCCCCUUUCCCCCCCCUCGCGAUAAGAAGACCCGGCGGCAGGAGAGGGGAUGAAGAUGGCGGACGCGAAGCAGAAGCGGAACGAGCAGCUGAAGCGCUGGAUCGGCUCCGAGACGGACCUCGAGCCUCCCGUGGUGAAGCGCCAGAAGACCAAGGUGAAGUUCGACGAUGGCGCCGUCUUUCUGGCCGCUUGCUCCAGCGGCGACACGGACGAAGUCCUCAAGCUGCUGCACCGCGGCGCGGACAUCAAUUACGCCAAUGUGGACGGACUCACUGCCCUGCACCAGGCUUGCAUUGAUGACAAUGUUGAUAUGGUGAAGUUUCUGGUUGAAAAUGGAGCAAAUAUUAAUCAACCUGAUAAUGAAGGCUGGAUACCACUACAUGCAGCUGCUUCCUGUGGAUAUCUCGACAUUGCAGAAUUUUUGAUUGGUCAGGGAGCACAUGUAGGAGCUGUCAACAGUGAAGGAGACACACCAUUAGAUAUUGCUGAGGAGGAGGCAAUGGAAGAGCUACUUCAAAAUGAAGUUAAUCGGCAAGGGGUUGAUAUAGAAGCAGCUCGAAAAGAAGAAGAACGGAUAAUGCUUAGAGAUGCAAGACAGUGGCUAAAUAGUGGUCACAUAAAUGAUGUCCGGCAUGCAAAAUCUGGAGGGACAGCACUUCACGUUGCAGCUGCUAAAGGCUAUACAGAAGUUUUAAAACUUUUAAUACAGGCAGGCUAUGAUGUUAAUAUUAAGGAUUAUGAUGGCUGGACACCUCUUCAUGCUGCUGCUCACUGGGGUAAAGAGGAAGCAUGUCGAAUUUUAGUGGACAAUCUAUGUGAUAUGGAGAUGGUCAACAAAGUGGGCCAGACAGCGUUUGAUGUAGCAGAUGAGGAUAUUUUAGGAUAUUUAGAAGAAUUGCAAAAGAAACAAAAUCUGCUGCAUAGUGAAAAACGGGAGAAGAAAUCUCCACUAAUUGAAUCAACAGCCAAUAUGGAUAAUAAUCAGUCACAGAAGACCUUUAAAAACAAAGAGACACUGAUUAUUGAGCCAGAGAAAAAUGCAUCCCGUAUUGAAUCUCUGGAACAAGAAAAAGUUGAUGAUGAAGAAGAAGGAAAGAAAGAUGAAUCUAGCUGCUCUAGUGAAGAAGAUGAAGAAGAUGACUCAGAAUCAGAAGCUGAAACAGAUAAGACAAAGCCCAUGGCUUCUGUAACUAAUGCCAAUACUUCUAGUACACAAGCAGCUCCUGUAGCUGUUACAACACCUGUGUCAUCUGGUCAGGCAACACCUACAUCACCUAUGAAAAAGUUUCCAACCUCAGCUACAAAAGUUUCUCCCAAAGAAGAAGAAAGAAAAGAUGAGUCUCCUGCAUCUUGGAGGCUAGGACUUAGAAAGACUGGCAGUUACGGUGCACUUGCAGAAAUCACAGCAUCUAAAGAGGCUCAGAAAGACAAAGACGCUGCAGGGGUGAUGCGUUCAGCUUCAAGUCCCAGGCUUUCCUCCUCUUUGGAUAAUAAAGAAAAGGAGAAAGAUAGUAAAGGAACUAGGCUUGCAUAUGUUGCACCUACAAUACCAAGACGACUAGCCAGUACAUCUGACAUUGAAGAGAAGGAAAACAGAGAUUCUUCAAGUUUGCGAACAAGUAGUUCUUACACAAGAAGAAAAUGGGAAGAUGAUCUCAAAAAGAACAGCACAAUUAAUGAAGGAUCAACUUAUCAUAAAAGUUGCUCCUUUGGUAGAAGACCAGAUGAUUUGAUUAGUUCUAGUGUUCCAAGCACCACAUCAACACCAACAGUUACCUCUGCAGCUGGGCUUCAGAAAAGCCUGCUUUCCGGCACAAGCACUACUACAAAGAUUACAACGGGUUCUUCCUCAGCAGGCACACAAAGCAGUACCUCAAAUCGUUUGUGGGCUGAGGAUAGUACUGAAAAAGAAAAGGACAGUGUUCCUACGGCAUUGACCAUCCCUGUUGCUCCAACUGUUGUAAAUGCUGCAGCCUCAACCACAACCCUGACUACAACUACUGCUGGCACUGUCUCCUCCACAUCAGAGGUCAGGGAGAGACGCAGAUCAUACCUCACUCCUGUUAGAGAUGAAGAGUCUGAAUCCCAAAGAAAAGCAAGAUCUAGACAAGCAAGACAGUCUAGAAGAUCAACACAGGGAGUAACAUUAACUGAUCUUCAGGAAGCUGAAAAAACAAUAGGAAGAAGUCGUUCUACCCGAACCAGAGAACAAGAAAAUGAAGAAAAAGAAAAAGAGGAAAAAGAAAAACAGGAUAAAGAGAAGCAAGAAGAAAAGAAGGAGUCAGAAACAUCAAGAGAAGAUGAAUAUAAACAAAAGUACUCUAGAACAUAUGAUGAGACUUACCAACGUUACAGACCCGUAUCGACUUCAAGUUCAACCACUCCAUCCUCUUCAGUUUCUACCAUGAGCAGUUCACUUUAUGCUUCAAGUCAACUAAACAGGCCAAAUAGUCUUGUAGGUAUAACUUCUGCUUACUCCAGAGGAUUAACAAAAGAAAAUGAAAGAGCUGCCAUUUUACCAAUUGGUAACUAUCAGAGCGAUGAAAAUGAGCAAGAACAACAAUCAGAUACAGAAGAAGGAUCCAAUAAGAAAGAAACUCAGACGGAUUCCAUAUCUAGAUAUGAAACCAGUUCCACAUCAGCUGGUGAUCGGUAUGAUUCCUUGCUGGGUCGCUCUGGAUCAUACAGUUACUUAGAAGAAAGAAAAUCUUACAGUAGCAGGCUAGAAAAGGACGACUCAACUGACUUUAAAAAGCUUUAUGAACAGAUUCUAGCUGAAAAUGAAAAGCUGAAAGCACAGCUACAUGAUACAAAUAUGGAACUGACCGAUCUUAAAUUACAAUUGGAAAAGGCCACCCAGAGACAAGAAAGGUUUGCUGAUAGGUCACUAUUAGAAAUGGAAAAAAGGGAACGAAGAGCUCUAGAAAGAAGAAUAUCUGAAAUGGAAGAAGAGCUCAAAAUGUUACCAGACCUAAAAGCAGACAACCAGAGGCUAAAGGAUGAAAAUGGGGCCUUGAUUAGAGUUAUAAGCAAACUUUCCAAAUAAAAAGCAGCAAAUAAUGGAAUUGCACAUAUUAGCAACCCAGUGGACCAUAACUGACAGUCACUGGAAGCCUGGGAAGAAUCCUUGGAGACUGUCAUUUUUGGAUAUCCUGCCAAAUGCCCUCUUAUCUAGGAAUUUUGUUUUGUUUAAUUUUCUGGUUUUGUUUUUUUUUUUCUUGUAUCAAGACCAUUGUUUCAUGUUAAUGCAGCUGCUGAGAAGACUUUUUUUUUAAUGACUGAGAAAACUUGUUUACAGCUCCAGCAUAUAAGGAAAGUGUUCAAGGCCAGAUAUGCCUCAGAUACUUAACCAGUAAGCCUUAGUUGUACAUAAAUACUUUUGUGUCAAAAAAACUUUCAGCUCUCACAGAAGACAGUUAUUCAACAUUUUUUGAUGUGCCACAGUUUCCAGUUUUUCGAUAUUUAAUUUUUUGCUUUACAUCUAAGUUUGGGUUUGUAUUUUUUUCCUUCUAACUCUUCAUGUGGCAGACUCUUCUAUGUUUUCACAGCUUUCUCAUUUACAGAAAAGAACACUUGUUCUUCUGAUAUCAUUGUUAUGUAUUAGGCUAAUGCUGUGUUGUCUUCCACCUGGAACUGAAUUGCUUGGUGGAACAUUUGCUUUCACUGUUUGUGCAAUAUGCAUUUAUUUCUUAUAUGAAUGCUUUAAAGUCAAUUGAGAUUAGGUUCUUUUAAGUCCUAUUUUCUGCCUUCAUUGGUCACUUUUUUGUUUUUGUUUUUUUUUUUAUUAUUGUAGUAUAAGAUGUUAGAUUUUGUAAUCUUCACGUUCAUUUUAGCAGGUACUGAGUGAUGCUGUAUAUAUAAAUAAAUGUAUUGUUUUGAUUUUUAGACCACCACAUGGUAUGCUUGACUAUUUCCUUAUUUCAAAUGUCUGUUAAUGCAAAGUAGGCUACUCCAUAAUAGUGUUAAAACAAAAUUUGCUAACAAUGUGAUAUAAAGACUUUAAAAGUAACACAUUAUAUGGAGCCCUAUCUUUACAAAAGUUUUCUACUGUAAAGUGCUUUUACUUUUAUUUCCAGUUUUCAUUUGAUAGUAUUCAGCCACAAUUAAAGUUGCAUAAGAUAAUUGCUUCACAUUUCACAUACCUAUAUUUAUCUGAGUGCUGUCUAAAACUGUUGUGCUAGCCAAAGUAAUGCUAUGAAAUCAUUUGCAGACUUAACCCGUGAGUUAAUGUAAAAUGCACUGUUAUUGCCAUGUGAAGAGGCAUUGACUUUGAUACCACCAUCAUGUUCAGACCAUUUUAUACAUUUCAGUGGCCUUUUUAAAAAAAGAAAAGGAAAAAAAAAAGCAAAAUCAAGUACAUAGUGAAGAUGGCUUUUAUUUGGACAAAUAGCUUUUAUAUUUUCAUCAAACCAUGCAAAAAAAUACUACAUAUUUCUGGCACAUAACUGUCUCCUUAACCACUGAACAGUUCAGCCAUUUGAAUAAAUUGUACAUCAUAAAGCUUAUAGUAGCUAAUUGUAUUAUUGAUUGUAUUGUAUACUAUAUUAAAUGUGAAUUUGUACCCCUUCAUUUUAAAAGGUCAUUGUGUUCUACUGCCUAUUUUAGAUUACUUUGGGGCUGGGAAAGGGUGUUUUGGUAAGCAGGAUUUUAAGUCCUCUCUCUCUUGAUUGGUUUUAUGAAGAUAUAAGGUUAUGCUCUUACUACCAAGCUCAGGAUUCUUGAUUUUUAAAGGUACAAGGAUAGUUAUGGGAAUUUUAUUUUUGGUUAUAUUUGAACUGUAUGAAUGGUGGGUCUGAAUAUAGAGAAUUUCCAUGGUCUUAUGUGGACGUAAAAUAUACAGAUAAUUGAUCAGUUUGAGUGACCGCAACACGUUCUGGUUGCACAACAGUUAGGCAUGCUAAGGAUUAUAUUUGUGAAGUUUGGAUGCCUGUGAAGAAUGAUUAAAUACAUGUUUCUAAUAUUUUAGUGUUUUGUAUUUAGGUUAUUUAUUCUUUGUAUCUAAAACUGAACAGCUACUGUGCUAUUAUAUUGGUUUUAUUGGUAGUAUUGAGCAGACCUUGUUUCUGCAUGAAACUAGUUGCAAAACCCACUAUUUUGGAAAUAAAAAUGUAUUUUGACAUAUACAAAUAAAAUGAAUAAAACUAUUUUAAAUGUGUGACCUUUUACUGAAGACAUUUAAAUUUUGUUCUGAGAUAUUUAAAUUCUGCAUGGGUAUUUUUUCACUAAUUGCUUUACUUGGAUUCCAAUUUGAAUAAUUUCUGAAAUUGUAAUAUUGUGAUAAUUUGCACAACAUUGUACAUGCACAUCUGUAAAUGCAAUCUUAAUUGCCAUAUUUAUGCAAUCUGUGUACCAAUUUGGACAAAUGUUUAUAUAUUUUACAUAAAGCUGUCUGUAUGCAGAAUCUGAGAACUAGUUUUUUUAUGAUAAUAAGUGGGUAAAAAAUAAUAACAGUGAGUCUCAAGAUAGUAGCUUUGUAGCACAAGAUUUCAUUUACAUAAACAUUUUGUGGUUUCUAAA